AGAAAGCACCUUACUAGCUAGUGAUGAGGCCGGGAAAUCGGCGAGUAGAGCAAGGAACAGGCGGACGCUGAGAGUUACGGUUCGAGUUUGUUUCUGCAGCCUUUGCUAGUGUCUCAGUAUGAGUUCUAUCGGAACCGGGUAUGAUUUGUCUGCCUCCACGUUCUCCCCCGAUGGUCGAGUGUUUCAAGUGGAAUAUGCUAUGAAAGCAGUGGAAAACAGCAGUACUGCAAUUGGAAUCCGCUGCAAAGAUGGCGUGGUGUUUGGAGUGGAGAAACUUGUCCUCUCCAAGCUGUAUGAGGAGGGUUCAAACAAACGCAUCUUCAACAUUGACCGCCAUGUUGGAAUGGCUGUUGCAGGGCUUUUGGCAGAUGCUCGAUCACUUGCUGAAGUUGCCAGAGAAGAAGCAUCCAACUUCCGGUCAAACUAUGGUUAUGACAUCCCGCUCAAGCACCUUUCAGACAGAGUGGCAAUGUAUGUCCAUGCCUACACUUUAUACAGCGCUGUGCGACCAUUCGGGUGCAGUUUCAUCCUAGGGUCCUAUGAUGAAGAUGAUGGUCCACAGUUGUACAUGGUUGACCCGUCAGGAAUUUCAUAUGGUUAUUGGGGCUGUGCUAUUGGCAAGGCUAAACAAGCUGCAAAGACCGAGAUUGAAAAGCUUCAGAUGAAAGACAUGACCUGCAGAGAGUUGGUAAAGGAAGUGGCAAAAAUAAUUUACAUUGUACAUGAUGAAGUGAAAGACAAGGCUUUCGAGCUUGAACUCAGCUGGGUUGGAGAAGUGACAAAAGGCAGGCAUGAGAUGGUGCCGAAAGACAUCCGGGAGGAGGCAGAAAAGUACGCCAAAGAUUCCUUGGAAGAGGAAGAUGAUUCGGAUGAAGACAACAUGUAAAGUACUUUACCAGCCACAGCAUCAAAUGUUCCCAAAACCUACACCUGUAACACAUCUAAGAUGUAUUUAUGUAUGCCAUUUUCAGAAGAAAUGAUUUUGUAUCUUUUCUAGUUUAUGUUGACUUUACUUUUUGAGACUUGUCACCAAUAAAAUUAUUUGGGAACAAACUGU